UACACAUCGAAUAUUAUUAGUACUGAGGAAUCAAACCGAUCAAGUAGAAAAGCUGUGUGCAGACGAAAACACAGAUAGAAAACAGCAUAUAAAACAAAGAUUUGCAGACAUGGAAACAGAACUGAAUGAUUUACAAACAGCAACUCAAGCCUGGGGAUUCAACCGCAGACGACAAAAGAAUAAAAAUCAGUCCAAUGUUGCAGGUUGUGCUCUCGUAGGUGCCAAUGGUUUUAUUGAACCUACUGGAGCUGAAUCAAAUGAAUUCGAAGAAUCAAAAAGCGACAAUGCACGUAUUACUAUAUCCAGAAACACAUUCCGGGCUAAAGAUUCGAUGACGACCGAAACUAAUUAUAACAAUGGCGCUGAAGAAUACCAUUCAACAGCUGGUUUGAGUACUUCUGAUUCUGACGUAGGCUACGAGCCAGGACAAACAACGCAAACAGAACCGCACUUAAUUCAACAAUCAGAACCAAAAUCCGAACCAAUCAUGUCGAGAAAUACCGAGAACAAAAACAGCCACGGCGAUGUAGAUGACCAUUCAAGUGCCAAUGAAAACGAAAAUGAUUCGCAAGGGAAGCAGCCCGAGUCUGUACCAACCAGCAACUCAUUUGCUGCGGGGUACACUCGAACAGAACCAUUGCCUGAAAAGGCUCCGCCGAAAAUUUCGAAGCCGAACUUCGUGGUUUCUUCAAGCAGAGAUAAAUCAUAUAUAAAUUUAAAUAAAUUUAUAGUCUCUUCCUUUGGAAAUCAGCCAUCUACACCACAAAAGCCACGCGCAUAUUCCAACGUCAGCAGCCGGUAUUUAUCAGAGACGAAUGUUAUCAGGCAAACAGAGAAAUCGUACCUGCCUGGGGACGAGACUGCAUGGCAGUCAUUGUCAAUGAUGGCUCGUAAUAGAGCUAGGCAAAGAGGGGCAGCAGUUAAUGAAGAUUGCGUCAUAUCGAUAUUGUGCCUGGACAUAUCGGAAAGUAUGGCUGGAGACGCCUGGAAUCAGGUCAAGACAUUUACAAAGGACUUUCUUGAAGGAUUAACGGAGAGUAAAGCAAGCGCACCACAUAUUCGAGACGAAUACGUGGGCGUGGCAACUUUUGGUCACAAAACCGAAUUGAGCGUGUUGUUGACGAAAAACUUUGAAGAAGUUGGACGACACAUUGAUGGAAUUUCGUUGGGCGGACCAACACCGUUAUAUGGAGGCCUUAUGAUGGCUUUAGCUGGAGCGAUGUCUUCGGAUAAUGAAAUCGGCCCGUGUAUCAACGGCAUAAGAGCGUUUCCAAAAAUAAUAGUUCUCACCGACGGGUAUCCGACAGAGUUGAUGUUAAAUGCGGGUCCUGAUGUUGCAGACGAAAGUGAAAUUGAGCAGACAAUGGCUCAGUUGACAGAAGCAGUCCAAUUCAUUGAUGGCCAGGCAAAAUCAGUGUUCUUCGUCGGUGUAGGAAAAUACAAUGAGAACUUUAUAAAUACCAUGUCGUCUUUGACUGGACCCCGGAAACAGUAUACGUUCGCCGAUGGACGAAGGAUCGCUCGACGCAGCUACCUCAUAUCAGAAAGGGAGUCCGUCGGAAUGCCAUUUCAUCGUCCGGUCAAUAGAAGUGGACCGAGCAAAGACGAGGAAGAUUUGCAAGACGCAAAAGACGACUAUAUGCGACGCAUCGGACGUUCAAGGCAACACACGGAUGACACUCAAGAACGAAAAAAUACUAACACGACACUGCCACGAAUUGGUUCCCGUGUUCGCAGAGGGCCCGAAUGGCGAUGGGGAAAUCAAGACGGCGAAGGACCAGGCACCGUUGUUGAACAUUCUGAUAGUCAAGGGCAAGUGUUGGUGACAUGGGACCACAGUGGACAAACAGGCAUUUACAAUUACGACGAGGAAGGGUUUGAAGUGAUUACGGUUGAUGAACCAAGACGCCUGAAGCCCGGGGAAAAAAUCGCGGUCGGAUGUACCGUGAAGCCUGGACUUGGUAACAAGGCAGCGGAUUUGAAGUCGUGGAACACAGGAGUUGUUUUGAGAAAGGACGGUUCUACCGUUUUAGUAAGAUGGGAUUCCGGUAAAAGAGUGAGCUAUAAGAUCAAUACGAUUGGAAAGCCAGAAAUAGAAGUUUGUUCCAGUUUCCAAGGACAGGGUCACACAUUAGGCGGUUGUUGUGCUGCUGAAAAUGCAAAUACCAACAACAGCAACAGCACCAACAGUGCAUGCAACACAUCAUCUGCAACAUCAGUCAUCAAAAAGAACAAAAAUACAUGAAUGGUGAUCAAGUAAACUAUCUAGAUUUUGUUAAAGUAAAUAUCAUAUGCAAGUUUACUUUGCAUUGAAGUAUUUACUAAUGAUGUGACAAUAGUUAUCUUAUAUAUGUGUAUUGUUCUUAUGGAGGUCAAGCAAUAUAUUGUUGGCAAUACAAUGAUUUGUAAUUUAAAUUUACAUUAUUACCGAUGCAACAACUAUGUGAAUAUAAUUACUUUUAUGACAUUAUCUAAUAAUCCGUGUAUCUUUCUAUCCACACAUAGAUCGUUUUGUACAUGCGCCUUAAGCUUUCGUCAUUAAGUAUCAGAUUGAAUCUGACUUUUCUUGUUCUUUGCGUUUGUUACGUUUUUUACUUCCAAAUUAUCGUUAAUGUAUGUAUCGUUCUCUGGUAUGCAAGGUGCUAUUUUAUCAAGAUUGUUGAAUUGCUCAUUUAAUGCUUACACAUGCUGGUAAAAACAAAAAAGACAAAAAAGCAAGCCGUGUAUAUUGAAUGUUAACAUUUAAUUUAUGCUCUGGUUAGCAUAUAAUAAUUUGUGGCGUGUAAGCUCAUGUGAGAACAAAAUGAACUUUGUUAAAAAACAUUGCUACUGGAUUUAUUAAAUAGCAUUUUCGUUUUUAUCUGCUACGUUACAUUGAACUCUUUUUACAAAUCAUUUAGCAUAUAUCAAUUGAGCUUUACAUGGAAUGUUUUUACAUUAUUUCACACUGGUUUCAUGUAUCCUUCUCAAGUGGUAACGGCAUAUUGUUUUAUCAAGUUCGUCCUUCCGUAAAUCAGUUAAUUAGUUUGGUUUCUAAAAUGGGACAUGGUAAAACAACACAUGUUAAAUGCAAGAAAUCUAAUGUGUACAGAUGUGCUAUGCAUUGUGAAAUUAAGUCGUGGUUUUAUAUUCGUGCCAUGGUAGUAUGUAUAUUAUUGUGUGUUAAGGUCGCGCUACAUCAUUUACUUCUGUGUAUUGGGCUUCUUUUUAUUCAGUACAUUAAUGUAAUGAUAUCAAUUGCGUGAAAAAUAAACUGCAUAACAUAUU